AUGUCUGGAGGCAAAUCAGGAGGCAAGGCUGCCGCAGCAAAGACUUCUCAGUCCCGUUCGUCCAAGGCUGGACUCGCAUUCCCCGUCGGUCGUGUCCACCGUCAUCUCCGAAAGGGCAACUACGCCCAGCGUGUCGGUGCAGGUGCACCAGUCUACCUCGCCGCCGUCCUUGAGUACCUCGCGGCAGAGAUCCUCGAGUUGGCUGGUAACGCAGCCCGUGACAACAAGAAGACUCGUAUCAUCCCAAGACACUUGCAGCUCGCCAUCCGCAACGACGAGGAGCUCAACAAGUUGCUCGGCAACGUCACCAUUGCUCAGGGUGGUGUCCUCCCCAACAUUCACGCCAACCUCCUCCCAAAGAAGACUGAGGGCAAGAAGGGCGCCGCCUCGCAGGAGCUUUAA